GAACCGUGCCUAUGCUCAUCUUGAAAUUUUACUGGGAUUAAUAUUUCAUCUAAUAGUACUAUUUGCCAUGAAAAAAAGUUUGCAAUUCGAGGUCUCAAAAAUGGGCGAAAUUUGCCAUCACUCUUUAUUGAAGAACUACAGGAAUAGUGGAAAGGCCUACGAAUCGCACACAGAAAACAAAAAAAUGCGAAAUGAAAGGAAAAUGAAAUCUGCAUGUGGAGAAAAGUGCAAACUACAGUGUUCCACAAAAUUUACCGAAGAGGAAAGAAAGCAGCUAUUUUUUGCAUAUUGGAACUUAGGCGAUAUUGAAAAACAGAGAUUGUUUAUUGCGAAUUCUAUGCAGGUUAUUCAGCCGAAAUAUCGCUACAUUCGUAUUGGAGGUACCAGAAGCCAACGACAAAAUAAUAAUGCCUUCUAUUUCCAUCACAAUAAUCAGCAAGUUCGAGUAUGUAAAUUGUUUUUCAAGAAUACCUUAGACAUAAAUGACCGCCCGAUUCGUACCGUGUUGGACAAAAAAAAUAAGGUUGCGAAUGUUUUACUGGAAUCUGAUCAAAGAGGAAGACAUGGUAAACAGAAGACUGUGGAUCCGAGUGUAAGAGAAGGAAUUAAACAGCAUAUUGAUUCUAUCCCAAAGAUAGAAAGUCACUACACACGCGCGAAUACAUCGAAACUCUUCAUUGAUGGAAGCAAAUCUAUUGCAGACAUUCACAAGGAUUAUGUGGCCAAGUGUAAAGAGAAAAAUAUACCAUUUGCUAACUAUGUCUUAUUUUAUAGAGUAUUCACAGAAGAAUACAAUACACUUCGCACAAAAAUUAAGGGAACACCUAAAUUUUUCUUAAAAACGAAGCCCACUUUGAAUUAA